AUGUCCUCCAAGGACCAAGACAUCGACGUCCCCGCCGAUGAGCGAUCGCAAGAAAAGAUACGCCGCUCAAAAUCCGAACGAAAGGACCGCAAAGACCGCGACCGAGAUCAUGAUCGAGAAAAGGAUAAGGACCCCGAGCGUCGCCGACAUCGCACCUCACGACCUUCUAGAAGCAAGCUCAGCGAGGGCAGCGAUACUAUUUCUCACACAUCCAGUCGUCGCCAUCGUCACCGCAAGGAAAGGGACAGCGAUGAGCAUCAGCGCCGCCAUCACCGCACAGCCUCGACCAGCGAUUUGGCCAGCUCGGACAUGGCUAGAACGUCCACAGCAGCCACUUCCUUUCUAUCUGAGCGCAUUCAAAGGCCUUACCCAUCUUUCAGCAAGGCACACAGUAAGGAGGCUAUCGUUAGUCGCGAUUCUUUAGCAUUGCCUCCUCAGCAUAGCCCCGGCCCCCCUACUCCUGAACCCACAGAUGUUGCGGCUUCUGAGCCGUCGAAAUCUCGCAAGGGAUCCGAUACCAGCAAGCCGGAUGCGCCACCUAGUCCACCCCGAACUGACUUGGAUGCGGACAAGGAUGCCGAAGAGCCUACUGUGUAUGAGACGACGCCAGAUGAGCCUUUGAGAGAGGAACCUGCCGAAGAAGAAACACCAAAGGUUGAAACACCCAGAAGUGGAACCCCUCGAGUUCGGACACCAACAGAAGAAUAUCAGACCGAAGAAUCUGUUCUCGAUAAGCCAAAGUCGAGACAUUCCGGUCACUCACGAUCAGCAUCACGACACGAGGAACGCUCCCGAGUUAGUCGCCGGUCUGGAUCCUCGAGCCAAGCUACCUAUGUCAAAUCCUCAGCGAUUCGUCCUGGAGACAAGCUUCGCCGCUCUGAUUCGCGAACAUCUAGUUCCUCCCAUCGCUCAGUACAUCGAACUUCCUCUACCCGAAGUCGCAGAAAGUAUGAGGUAGAUGGCGCCUCCUCUCCUUCAAGCGCUCAAGAUUCAUCUCCCAGGACACCAACCCAGGCUCCUUUCCCUCACGGAUACCCCGAUACCAAACGCGAGACCCCUUCCGUUGUCGACGUUCAAGACAUUGACUCAAACUUGCAUUCAAAAACGGCGACGCCUGCAUCCGCUUUUGGUAUUGCUCCUCCACCUCCACCCCCGCCGCCUGCGCUCGACGUGCAUGAUAUGCCGCGUGUGGACUAUUUGCUUCAAAACGGUGGUCUAGCUUAUACAGCCCCUAAAAACUUUCUCUCUGUGCUGCCUCGCCAAAACGGCACACGCCCUUCUAACCCUCCUAUGGUCGGUACGGACACCCUAUUUGCUCCAUUUCAUAACCUGCUCGACCAGUACAACACAGUACUCGGUAAGCAGGGCUCAAUUGCUGUCGCUACUGGCCAUCGUUCCGUGGCUCGUAGGUUGCUAGACCGCCUCGAGAACGUCUUCUCUCGCGACCUACCUCCUCAUGGCUGCACUUGUAUUAUGUGCGAUAACCCUCACGAAAUUCAUGAUGGCCUCAACUGGGGCGAUGUUUUGGAGUGGGUGAGUGGCCGCAUUGAACUCCCGCAAUGGCCUCCUUUCGAUCUUGCCGAAGUCGGCACCAAGGCUGCCGAAAUCUCCGGUGAUGUACCUCCUCGACCUGCAUCACCCGUCCAACUAGAUCCAGAUAUUGCGGAGGAGUUUAGAGAGCACUACCUUCGUCAGUCGAAGAAGGUCCGAACUGCUGUCGACCGAUGGCUAUCCAACACUGGAGAAACCCCAGUGCCACCUCCUCAGGACGUUGACGAUGAGACUUUGUCUUUUGCUAUCCUUACGAACCUUGAAGCUGAGGACCGCCCUUACUUCAACGCUAUUAUGACCGGCUCGAAGGAGUUGCGGUCAUCUGUUCGUGCUCCCACGCCAGGACAUCGACCUCGAACAGACUUGCUCAUCAAGACUGGCCUUGCACUACAGCGGCUUUACAGACUGUCUCAGGCACCACGAGAUGCCGAGUCGGCUACGUACUUGGUCAAGAACCCACAUACUCACGACCUACUGGUUGCACUUUCCAACAUUAACAAUUCGGAAUGGGAGAUUCUCACUUCUGGUCGAUUCGAUGGCUUCCUCUGGUCUGGAGCUGAUGACGAUGUGUCACAUACACCUCAUUCUGAGUCGCGGGGUCCUACCCCUGCCAGUGCUUAUUACAAUACGCGAACGAUGAGCCCUGGGCCCCGAGCUUCUUCUUCGUUUAGCUCGAGAAACACAACUCCAUUCUCGGUUUACUCAAGAGGCACGACACCGGCCUCAUUUGUUAGCGUCAACACUACUGGGAUCCCUGGAUCCCGACAGGCUGUUUCGAACGAUGAGGAGAUGGAAAUGGCUGCCAUUGCAGAGAUUGAGCGAGAAAUCUACAAGGGCAUGGAGACCCUGGAAGAUGCCUUCGAGAAAUUACACAAAAAGGCUGAAGUGGUCCGCAAUGCGCUACGCCAACGAGGUGCCGGAUUGAUGCAAAACUUGCAAAAUCGCCGUCGUAUUGAUGUUCUGUCAGGCCCCAACUCUGGCAACUCGCAGGCAUCAGGCUACGAACGCCCAGCUUGGGCUGGGGACGACGAUCGUGAACCAGGCAGCGACGAAGACUGGGCAUUCGACGAUGUCGACAUUAUGCCUGACGAUUCAGCGAGCAACAUCAGCAGCUCGCGACAUCGACGACCCAAGAGGCGUACGGAGCGACGAACACCCGCCCCAAUUAACGAAGAGGAUGAGGAUUAA